AUCUAGGAUAUAUGUACGUAGCUUUGUGUUCAGCUUAUAAAAUCGCUCUUUAGAUACUUUAAUGGACGGGGCAAGCUGUCAAUAAUCAUCAAUCUGAGGUGUUAAGCGAAGAUAUAAAAAGUGUAAUACUUAUACAUUCCUCGUUGACAAUAGUGAGUGUACUACGUGAAAUAAUAAUAAAAUAAUGUCGCGAAGUGGAAGAGAAGAUCAGUGGCAAUUGGGCUGCGCGGAGUGGAAAAAACGCGGUGCUCAUUUGCUAAAUACCGGUCAGUUGUCUGAUUGCACUUUUUCUGUCGGCGGAGUCACCCAAAAGGCGCACCGGCUGGUGCUAGCCGCGGCAUCUCCCGUCUUCGAGGCAAUGCUCUAUGGACCCAUGGUUGAGGCAUCCAGCAACAAUCCUAUCACAAUACCCGAUAUAGCUCCAGAAAUAUUUAAAAUUCUUUUGGAGUACCUGUACACGGAUGAUAUAAACAUAGAUUCAUUCAAUAAUGCAUACAAUCUGUACUAUGGAGCACAGAAGUACAUGCUGCCACACUUAGCAACUGUAUGUGCAUCUUAUAUCUCCAGCAAUUUGACGCCUAAGACUGCCUGCAAGGCUUAUGAACUGGGACGUCUGUUCAGUGAAGAAUGUCUCAUGAAGGAGAGCUUAGAGUUGAUCAAAAUAAAAACAAAAGAAGUGUUAAAAGACAACAGUAUCCUGGAUGUUCAGAUAGAGACACUGGAAACAAUAUUUGCUCAGGAAAAUCUAGACAUCAACAGUGAACUUGACCUAUUCAACGCGGCAGAGAGAUACAUACAGGGCCACUCAGAGGCUUCAAAGUCCAAAGCAUCAAGUUCCAAGAGGAUAGAAAGCGUGGUGUGCGUUCCACCAUCUAAGAAGAGAAAACUGUCACGUGAAUUGGAAAAGGAAAAAUCUUCAAAAUCAAGCAGUAAAAAGAAGUCCAACAGUGGCUCUGCAGACGACGUAGAGCCUACAGAUAUGAAUGCAUCUUCAUCAUCAUUAGCAAAGUUAUCAGACAGCGACUCUUCUCAAGAAGACAGUGAGUCUUCUGAGGAUGAUAGAGAAGAGAAAGCGCGGAAGGGGUAA